AUGGCUAACGUGGCUAUUCAAACUUUCCUUUUUUUCAAAAAAUAUCAUCUUUAUUCUUUUUGGGGUAGGAGCGGGUAGCCGGAGGGAACGAAACGCUCGCUCGGUGAUCACUGAUCUCAAUAACCAGUCUGUCACUGCUUCCUUAUCGGUUCCAACUUCCAACAUUAGUUGGUCGUUAAGAGGCAUUCAGAGAGACUAUAAUUUCACCAAAGCUACAUUAAUACGGCGUCGUUAAGAAACAUAGAGAAGGAGAUGUACGGAGUAUCGGUGACGCGAUUUGCUGGAGAGAACGACUAGUUAAUGUAGCGGGCCAAGGAAAGAGGAUCAAAGACAUUGAACCGCAAGCGCACGCUCUCUCGAGAGGGAGACAGGCAGAGGAAGAGAGAUUUUUGUUGGGGGGUCUUUUUUGGGGGGGGGGUGGUGUUGGUGUGGUGUUGGUGUGGAUGGGGGCUAUGGCGGAACCAACAGCAGCUGUAGGUGUCACUCGGAAAGAGAGCAAUUUAUGGAAAAUGGUUUUUUCCGUGGUCGGAAUCAUGACCACCCUUGUUACCUACGGUGUCUUGCAGGAAAAGAUCAUGAGAGUACCAUAUGGGGUGAACAAAGAAUAUUUUAAAUACUCGCUGUUUCUUGUUUUCUGCAACCGCAUCACAACAUCUGCUGUAUGUGCAGGUGCUUUACUGGCUAGUAAACAAGCCUUGGACCCAGUGGCUCCAGUUUACAAGUACUGCCUUGUGUCAAUAUCAAACAUGCUAACCACCACAUGUCAGUACGAGGCCCUCAAAUAUGUCAGCUUUCCUGUCCAGACACUUGCUAAAUGUGCAAAAAUGAUACCUGUUAUGGUUUGGUGCACCCUAAUUAUGCAGAAGAUAUACAGAGGACAUGACUAUUUGUUGGCUUUUCUAGUGACGCUGGGCUGUUCAAUAUUUAUUCUAUAUCCGGCAGCAUCUGAUAUCAGUCCAUACAGUAGAGCAAGGGAAAACACCGUUUGGGGUGUCUCCCUAAUGAUUGGUUAUCUCGGGUUUGAUGGAUUUACAAGCACAUUCCAAGAUAAACUUUUUAAAGGCUAUGAUAUGGAGAUACACAACCAAAUAUUCUACACAACAUUGUGUUCUUGUAUUUUUAGCUUGACAGGUCUUAUAUUACAAGGACAUCUACUUCCAGCAAUAGAUUUUGUUUCUCGCCAUAAUGAUUGUUUCUUGGACAUUUUAUUGCUUUCCACUGUAGCAACAAUAAGUCAAUUUUUCAUUUCUUACACAAUCCGCAAUUUUGGGUCCCUUACGUUUGCCACCAUAAUGACGACAAGACAGUUGGUGAGCAUCAUGCUGUCAUGUGUGUGGUUUUCCCAUCCCCUUAGCUGGGAACAGUGGAUCGGAGCUGUUACAGUCUUCGGUGCCCUUUAUGCAAAAGGCUUCUUGAAACCACCUCAAAAAUCUUCACCUUCAGAAGCUUCGGAAAAUGGAGUUUCUAGUCCUGUGAAGCCGAAUCCAUGAUGAGGGCCAGUUUUACGCUUCCUAUGAGGUCUGGAAUUCAAGACUGUCUUAACAUAGGUAAUAGGCAGCUUUAAUUUUAAGCAUAAAGCUGCAUGUUGGAUACUGAGAAAGGCUAAUGCAAAAGUAGUUUAACAUAAACCUAGAGAGAGCAUCGCAUGCACACGCAUCUCUCUGGAUCCGCAGGCAGCAUCAAUUCUCAUAUACAGUAUUGAAAGGAUCCUACGAGUCCACAUUUGUUUAAUUUAUUUAUGUAGUUUUGAAUGGGAAUGAUGAGAGAACGUUCAACGCAACUACUUCGGCAACGUUUUGUUUGAAAGAAAAGAUUUUGAGGUUUAUUGUUGUGCUCAUUAUGCACUUUUGAGAGGCCGUAACAUACAUUUUUUAUGUUGUAUAUGUCAUGUGUACUUACUACUUAGACUAUGCCUAUUUCUCUCAUUAAUAAAAUUCUUCUUAUAAAAAAGCACUCA